UAGAGAGAUUCCCCCAAUGCAAUAUCAAGAAGAGUGAAUUUGGGGAUUUGAUGCCAAUGCAAAUGCCAAUGCCAAUGCAGAUAAUGAGGCAAUUCUUGAAUCCCUCAUCAACCCACAAUCCCAUCUUCAUCUUCCUCACUGGUACCCUUCUCCUUUCUUGUGCUUCUUCUUCUGCAGCUUCUGCAGAUAAUAUCAAUGAAGCUCUGGUGCUGUUUUCAUGGCUUCAUCAGAGCCCUUCACCCCCUCCUGCAAUCUCAGAUUGGAACCCAAAAGACCCAAACCCUUGUCACUGGUCUUACAUAUUCUGUUCUUCUGAUAAUCUUGUUACUGCCAUUUUUGUUAACUCCAUUCAGCUUACUAUCCCCUUCCCAGCCAAUCUCUCAUCUCUUAAAUCCCUAGAAAGACUGGUUCUUUCUGGUGUUAAUUUGACUGGGACUAUUCCACUUGAUAUUGGGGACUGCAUUUCACUCAAAACCAUUGAUCUCAGCUCAAAUAGUCUUGUGGGUAGCAUUCCCAGAAGUAUUGGAAAACUCACAAAUCUCCAAAAUUUGAUCUUGAAUUCUAACUACCUUACUGGAGAAAUCCCUGCAGAGCUUGGGAACUGCAUAAAUCUGCAGAAUCUGUAUAUAUAUGACAAUGAGCUUAGUGGGAACAUUCCUGGUGAGCUGGGGAAGCUUGCUGGAUUGGAAGUGAUUCGAGCCGGAGGGAACAAAGAGAUCACUGGAAAAAUCCCAGAUGAGAUUGGGGAUUGCCAGAGCUUAAGAGUUCUGGGCUUGGCUGACACUAAGGUCUCAGGCAGCCUGCCUGCAACAUUGGGGAAACUGGCAAACCUUAAAGUCUUGUCAGUGUACACAACAAUGGUUUCUGGGAAAAUCCCAGCAGAGAUUGGGAAUUGUUCAGAGCUUGUGGACUUGUAUCUGUAUGAGAAUGAUCUGUCAGGUUCUCUCCCUGCAGAGCUGGGAAAGCUUCAGAAGCUUGAGAAGGCACUGUUAUGGCAGAAUAAUCUUGUUGGGGGUGUCCCAGAAGAGAUUGGGAACUGCAAAAGCUUGAUCAUUCUUGAUCUUUCUUUGAAUUUCAUCAGUGGGAGCAUUCCCUGGUCCUUUGGGAACCUUACAAAUCUGCAGGAGUUAAUGCUCAGUAACAACAAUUUUUCAGGCUCAAUCCCACCUGUUCUUUCAAAUGCCACAAAACUGAUGGAGUUGCAGGUGGAUACUAAUCAGAUAUCCGGAACGAUUCCUCCCGAGCUCGGGUUGUUAACAGAUCUAACUGUCUUCUUUGCCUGGCAAAACAGGCUAGAAGGAAACAUCCCUCCAGAAUUAGCCAGUUGCAGAAGCCUUCAAGCUCUGGACUUGUCCCACAACUCUCUCAAUGGUAGCUUGCCUUCAGGACUUUUUGAGUUGAAAAAUCUGACAAAAUUUCUGUUGAUUUCUAAUUACAUUUCAGGGUCUAUUCCACCUGAGAUUGGGAACUGUAGCUCUCUCAUAAGGUUAAGACUUGUGGGUAAUAAGAUUAGUGGAGAGAUUCCUGCAGAAAUAGGAUUUCUUGAUAAUCUUAGCUUUCUUGACAUCUCUGAUAACCUUCUUACUGGAUCUGUUCCUGAUGAAAUUGGGAAUUGCAGAGAACUGCAACUGUUGAAUCUUGCUAACAAUACCCUCACUGGCACUCUGCCAGAAUCUCUAUCUUCUCUCAGAAAGCUUCAGAUUUUGGACUUUUCUGUGAACAAUUUUUCAGGCCAGAUUCCAUCUAGCUAUGGCCUGCUUUCUUCCCUUAACAGACUGUUACUUGGUGGGAAUUCUUUCGUGGGUUCGAUCCCUUCAGGGCUUGGUAAUUGCUCAAGCCUGGAAUUGCUUGAUCUAAGCAGCAAUGAACUCUCAGGCAGCAUCCCAGUAGAACUGUUUAACAUUCAGGCACUUGAUAUAGCCUUAAACUUGAGCUGGAAUGCCUUGGCAGGGACAAUCCCACCCCAGAUUUCUGCACUGAAAAGACUCUCAGUCCUGGAUUUAUCACACAACAAGCUAGGAGGAGAUCUAAUGCCUCUUUCCGGGCUCGAAAACCUCGUAUCCCUCAAUGUCUCCUACAACAACUUCACAGGCUACCUCCCUGACAGCAAGCUGUUUAGGCAGUUAUCAGCCAGGGAAAUUGCUGGCAAUCCAGGGUUGUGUUCUCGGGGACGAGAAUCGUGCUUCUUGACCAAUGCUGGAGUUCAAGGAAUGCGAAAUGGUGGCAGGAAUUUGGCGCGAUCCUGGAGACUUGAGCUGGCAAUUGCACUGCUUGCUGUUUUAGCUAUAUCACUGGCAAUUCUUGGAAUCAUUGCAGUUUACAGGCUGAGAAAAAUGAGCAAAGAAGGGACUGAUUCUGAGCUGGGAGGAGGGAGUUCAUCAGCCUGGCAAUUCAUCCCAUUCCAGAAACUCCAUUUCACAGUUGACGAUGUUCUAAAAUGCCUGGUUGAAUCCAAUGUCAUCGGAAAAGGCUGCUCCGGGGUUGUUUACCGAGCAGAACUCAGCAACGGCGAAGUCAUUGCAGUCAAGAAACUAUGGCCGAGCUCUCUAGGGAGUAGAUACGCGAAUCAGUUUGGUAUCAGUGCAUAUAUCAGGGACUCGUUUUCAACCGAGGUGAACACGCUUGGCUCGAUCCGACACAAGAACAUUGUUAGAUUCCUGGGAUGCUGCAGGAACCAGAAUACCAGGUUGCUUAUGUAUGAUUAUAUGCCUAAUGGGAGCCUGGGGAGUCUGCUUCAUGAAAAGAGUGGGGGAUGCUUGGAAUGGGAGUUGAGGUACAAGAUUGUUCUUGGCUCAGCUCAGGGCCUGGCUUAUUUACACCAUGAUUGUACUCCCCCCAUUGUUCAUAGAGACAUCAAGGCCAACAACAUCCUAGUUGGCCUUGAUUUUGAGCCCUACAUUGCAGAUUUUGGGCUUGCAAAGCUUGUCAGUGAUGGAGACUUCGCCAGAUCCUCCAGCACUGUAGCAGGUUCUUAUGGAUAUAUCGCACCAGAGUACGGAUACAUGAUGAAAAUCACAGAGAAAAGCGACGUUUAUAGCUACGGGGUAGUGGUUCUGGAAGUGUUAACCGGCAAACAGCCCAUAGAUCCGACGAUCCCAGACGGGGCUCACAUAGUGGAUUGGGUGCGGCAGAAAAGAGGCGGCGUGGAGGUCCUAGACGGCAGCCUCAGGGCCAGGCCGGAAUCGGAGAUUGAGGAAAUGAUGCAAACCCUAGGCGUGGCGGUGCUGUGCGUAAAUCCCUCCCCGGACGACCGGCCAACCAUGAAGGAUGUGGCGGCGAUGCUCAGAGAAAUAAGGCAGGAGAGAGAGGAGGCGUUGAAAGUUGAGGAUAUGCUCCGGAAAGGAUCGUCGGAAGGUGAUCAGAAUAAGAGCUCCGGGCCGUCGGAGAAAAUGCAGAGCUUGUAUUUGCAGAGUAAUAAUACGAGCUUUUCUGCAUCCUCAUUGUUGCAUUCUUCGUCGUCUAAUACCACCAGGCUUGGGUUUAAAUAGACGAUGACUAUAGAGAUUGCUGAAACAGAUAUGAAUUGAAGUUCGUUGCUGUUCGUGUAGUUAGAUUAUAUCAUUUUAUAAUAACUUGGUUGUUCAAUGUUUUAGUUCAUUUCAAGAAGAUGAAUCAUAGUGUGAAUUUCAAGUUUUAAGUAUAUUUAGCAAUUUAGCAUACUAUAGGCAAUAAAAGAAUUAGUUUUGAGAUUGAUCUAAGGAGUGAAAAGUAAUAAAGUAGUUUUGGACACUAUUGCAAAAA